ACUGCUUUUGUCCAGUCGGGGAAGGUUAGUUAAAGUUUAGAAAGAGUCUUCUUCUCACUCUCUCAAGUUAUAUAUACGUGGCUCUGUAACCAACCCAUUAGAGAAAAAAAAAAAGAUUCGAAAUAUUUCAGUGAAGAUGACCAGAGGCAAAAAGAAGAACAUUGAUGCCGGAGAUCCAACGGAGAACUCACUGUCACUACCUGUUCCCGUUUCCAACACACCACCACCGCCAUCUAUUCCGCCCAAGAAAAUUUUCAUCAUCAAUGCUGAUAUGACUCAGGAAAUGCAAUGGGAGGCCUUUGAUAUCGCCGUCACCGUGUUUGAGAAGAAUCACAAUCUGGAUACAGUUACUGCCGAGGAGAUCAAGACUGAGUUUGAUAGGAGACAUGGCCCCUCUUGGCAUUGCAUCGUUGGUAGCAAUUUUGGUUCACAUGUAACUCAUGAACCCAACCACUUCGUCAAUUUCUAUUUAGAGCAGAAAGCGGUUUUACUUUAUAAAUAUGGCUAGCCAUUUUGUGACACAAAAAUAUGUUCAUUUCUGCCAAGCAAACAUUUUACGUGACAUUUUUUAUUGGUUUGCUUGUAAUUUGAUGUCAUUAAACUACUUCCCAGUUUUGAAAAUGAAUCUGUAGGUUACUAGA